UAACGCAUUUUCAUUUAAUUAAGACUCCACCUCUCUUCCAAAAAAUAUAUCAGUUUCCAGCAGAAUGUGUAAGCAGCAAUACCUAAUUUUCGUGCUCCUGGCUUUGGUUGCAUUGGCGGCCAGUCAGGGUUUCCGUAGCUUUGGAAAUAGAAAACAUCCCACUCUCGACGAUCACUGCUACUGGGAUCAGCAUAAGCUGACAAUAAAAGUCAAUGAGACACUGCAUCCAACAGUUCGUUAUGAAUGCUUCAAAGUAUUCUGUCGCGAGGAUUAUGUUAUCGAUGUGACCUACUGUCCCAGAGGUAUGCCCACAUGCGGUGUGGUGGAUGUUACUCAACCCUUCCCGCGUUGCUGCACCAACUGUGAUUAUCAAUUUUAGACAAACGAAAUAAAAGGAGAUCAAACAA